AUGUCGGAACCCGGCCCCGAGUCGAUCCCCACCAGCGCCGACCCGCGCAGUAAGAGACCAGUGAAGCGCCGCGCCGUCACCGCGCAAACCGAACAAGCAUCGCAAAUCGAACAUCUCUUCCGCGACCCGUCCAAGGAGAUCAGCCUUCCCGGUCCGUCCAAGCAACGUACGUCGGAAUCACUGCCCGCCCCGCCGGAGAUCGUCGCCAACGUCCAGGGUUCAUCGGCGGGUGCGGGGUCUGGAGAAUUCCACGUCUACAAGGCCAGUCGUCGGCGGGAGUAUGAGCGCUUGCGCCUGAUGCAGAAGGCCCCCGGACAAUCGAGCGAAGGUCCUGGCCUGAUCAUCCACGACGACUGA